AAACUCGACUUAUUUCUAGUCCUGGGGGUAAACACACUUUAAACUUCUGCAGGAGACGGAUUUGCUUCGGAAAAGUGCAGCCUCGAACGCCACGUCGUCUAAAACAAACAAAGUCAAAACUGUUUCCCACUUUCGCCACAGCGGGACUUUAGGACACGAUGCUUGACCCGUCCUCCAGCGAAGACACCGGCGGCGAAUCUGACCCCGAAGUGGUCCAGGAGCCCCCGAGGAAAGGCUCCGCUUCAGUGUCGGUGAAGCGCGGUAACAGCAGCAGCGGGAGCAGCGGCGGGGGCAGUGGACGGGCUGGGGCACACAAGAGACCCCCAUCUGCACCUGCUGGAACCGCGGGGAAGGGGCCGAAGGACAGUGCAGCGCCCACGGAGGAAGAUGAGGAAAAGAAGGAGCGAGAAAAGCAGCAGAAGGAGGAAGAGGAGAGGAAAAUCAAACUGCAAAUUUACGUGUUUGUGCUGAGGUGCAUAGCGUACCCUUUCAACGCCAAGCAGCCCACAGACAUGGCCAGGAGGCAGCAGAAGGUGAACAAGCAGCAACUCCAGGCCGUGAAGGAGCGUUUCUUGUCUUUUCUGAACGGGGAGACUCAGAUUAUGGCUGACGAGGCUUUCUGCAACGCUGUGAGGAGCUACUACGAGGGGUUCUUGAAGAGCGAGCGCGUGUCCAGGAUGGUCCAAAGUGGCGGUUGUUCGGCCAGUGACUUCAGGGAGGUUUUUAAGAAGAACAUUGAACGCCGUGUCCGCAGCCUGCCGGAGAUCGACGGCUUGAGCAAAGAGACGGUGUUGAGCUCCUGGAUCGCCAAGUACGAUGCCAUCUACAGGGGGGACGAGGAGCUGCGGCGGGGGUCUCAGAGGGCUCAUCUCAGUGCGGUGUCGGAGCUCAUCCUCAGUAAAGAACAGCUCUACGAGAUGUUUCAGCAAAUCCUCGGCAUCAGGAAGUUUGAACACCAACUGCUGUACAACGCCUGCCAGUUAGAUAACGUGGAUGAGCAGGCGGCGCAGAUUCGACGAGAACUGGACGGGAGGCUGCAGCUGGCCGAAAAGAUUGCCAGGGAGCGGAGGUACCCGAAGCUGGUGUCCCCGGACAUGGAGGCCCUGUACGUGGAGGAGCUGAGGUCGUCCGUGAACCUGCUCAUGGCUAAUCUGGAGAGUUUACCGGUGUCUAAAGGAGGCCCAGACUUUAAACAGAAGCUCAAACGCUCCUCACUCAACAACUCCUUCUUAGACAUGGGCGACGAGGGAGAUAUCCUGUCCAAGUCUGACGUGGUGCUGUCGUUUAGUAUCGAGAUAGUGAUCAUAGAGGUACAAGGCCUGAAGUCGGUGGCUCCAAACAGAAUCGUUUACUGCACGAUGGAGGUGGAGGGGGGAGAGAAGUUGCAGACGGACCAGGCCGAAGCCUCCAGACCACAGUGGGGCACACAGGGCGACUUUGUGACCACUCACCCGCUGCCUUCAGUCAAAGUGAAGCUGUUCACUGAGAGCACCGGCGUCCUGGCUCUGGAGGACAAGGAGCUGGGCCGGGUGGUCUUAAACCCCACAACCAACGGGCCCAAACAGGCAGAGUUUCAUCGGAUGGUGGUCCCCAAAAACAGUCAGGACUCGGAGCUGAAGAUCAAACUGGCCGUUCGCAUGGAUAAGCCUCCCAACAUGAAGCACAGUGGAUAUCUCUACGCUUUGGGUCAGAGAGUUUGGAAACGCUGGAAACGAAGAUAUUUUGUUCUUGUUCAGGUGAGCCAGUACACCUUUGCCAUGUGCAGCUACAGAGAGAAGAAGGCAGAACCCCAAGAACUAAUGCAGCUGGAGGGAUACACUGUGGACUACUGCGACCCCCAGCCUGGUCUGCAGGGCGGCCGGGUGUUCUUUAACGCGGUGAGGGAGGGCGAGCUGGUCAUGUUUGCCUGUGAUGACGAGCAGGACCGGGUGCUAUGGGUCCAGGCCAUGUACCGGGCCACGGGACAGUCCUACAAACCCGUGCCUCCUCUCCAAAACAAGACCCUCAACUGCAGAGGGCCCAAUCAGAAGACCUCUUCGCCCAUCAGUUUGGACCCUUCCCAGCGUCAGGGUGUAGAGGGCCUCAUCUCAGCUCCUCCGUCCCGCUUCGACCACGCAACACUGUUCACCAUCUUACAGAAGUACACACUACAGCACCGAAUGAACGACUCUUUCUCCUGCCUGGGCUGGUUCAGUCCCGGUCAGGUCUUUGUCCUGGAUGAGUACUGCUCGCGGUACGGGGUGAGGGGCUGCCACAGACACCUGAGUUACCUCAAAGACCUGAUGGACUACUCUGAGAACAGCUCCCUGGUGGACCCCACGCUCCUCCAUUACAGCUACGCCUUCUGCGCCUCCCACGUGCACGGCAACAGACCAGAUGGUAUGGGGACAGUGACAGUGGAGGAGAAGGAGCAGUUUGAGGCUGUGAGGAGCCGCCUCAUGAUUCUACUCGAGGACCAGAUCACACACUUCAGGUACUGCUUUCCUUUUGGACGACCAGAUGGGGCCCUGAAGGCAACGCUUUCUCUACAAGAACGGGUGUUGAUGAAGGACAUCACCACUCCAGUGCCAGUAGAGGACAUGAAGAAACUAGUCCAGAGAUGUUUAGAGAAGGCCGCUCAGAUCAACUACAACCAGCUACUUGAAUAUGCUCAAAUUAAAGUGGACCCGCAGGCCGCUCCAGAGAAGAGGCUGGAGGACAUGAUGAGACUGGGGGAGCUCUGCAUCGAAGUCCUGCAGCAGAAUGAGGAGCAUCACUCUGAGGCAUUCUCGUGGUGGCCCGAGCUGAUGGCGGAGCACUCUGAGAGCUUCCUGUCCCUGUAUAGAGCGGAGAUGGACGCAGCGCUGCAGGUUCAGCCCGUAGACUCGUGGAACUGCUUCCCCCUCUUCCAGCUCCUCAACAACUACUUUCUGACUGACCCUCACCUGUGUAAUGGGGCCUUCCACAAACACCUGCAGGACCUGUUCAUGCCUCUGGUGGUGCGCUACAUCGACCUCAUGGAGUCGUCCAUCGCUCAGUCCAUCCACCGCGGCUUCGAGCAGGAGACGUGGCAGUCCGUCAAAUCAUUGACGAAUAAUUUAGCAAACGUCCCGCUGCCCAAAGUGCCCAGCCUCCCCCUCACCCUGCCCCAGAUGCCCAGCUUCUCUGCCCCCGCCUGGAUGGGACCCCUCUGUGAAAACACCCUGCAAGGAAUAAAUCUACCUGACAUCUUCAAUGGUACAGCCACGUCAGAAGACUUGUUCUGGAAGCUGGAUGCUCUGCAGAUGUUUGUGAUGGACCUGCACUGGCCUGAGCCUGAGUUUGCCAAACACCUGGAGCAGAGACUGAAGCUGAUGGCCAGCGACAUGAUGGAGGCCUGUGUCAAGAGAACCAAGUCAGCGUUUGACUCAAAGAUGCAGAAGUCCAGUAAGACCACAGAUUUCCGGGUGCCUCUCUCGGUCUGCACCAUGUUUAAUGUGCUGAUGGACGCCAAGAAGCAGUGCUCCAAGCUCUGUGUGCUGGACAUGGGCCAGGAGACUGACAAACAAUGGCAACAGUACCAUUCCAAAAUUGACGUGCUGAUCGACGACACGUUUAAGGAAAUGAUAGCCUCACUGGUGUCGAAGUUUUCUUCAGUUCUCGAUGGCGUCUUGUCCAAGCUCUCCAGAUACGACGAGGGGACCUUCUUCUCCUCCUUCCUGUCCUUCACCAAACCAGGGAUGGACUUGGCGGACACUUACAUCACAUUUGUGCGUCAGAACCAGGACAUCAUCCGAGACCGUGUCAAUGAUGAGCUCUACGUCGAAAAGGUUUUUGAUCAAUGGUACACCACCUCUAUGAAGUCCAUCUGUGUGUGGCUGACUGACCGCCUGGACCUGCAGCUUCACAUGUACCAGCUCAAAACCCUCAUCAAAAUCGUCAAGAAGAGCUACCGGGACUUCCGACUACAGGGUGUACUGGACGGGACGCUCAACAACAAGAGCUACGAGACCAUCUAUAACCGCCUGACAGUUGAGGAGGCUACGGCGGCGGUGAAGGCCGGAGAUGGGCUGCAGGGGAUCAGUAUGAGAGACAGUGAUGAAGAGGAUGAAUGA